AAAAGCCUCUCGGCCCACACUUGUUUGAAGACAGUACACUAACUCAAAAGACAGAGAGAUAGAGCAAAAGAAACCUUCCAUUUCAAGAAAGCAUCAUUCUUGUUUGUUGGUGUGUCCGAAAAUGGAAGAUCUUGAAGAUGAGUACAAGAAUUAUUGGGAAACCACAAUGUUCUUCCAGAAUCAAGAACUCGAAUUCGACAGCUGGCCGUUGGAAGAAGCGUUUUCGGGUUCCGGUGACUCGAGUUCGCCGGACGGAGCAGCAACCUCUCCGGCUUCUUCAAAGAACGUUGUCUCCGAGAGGAACCGACGGCAAAAGCUUAACCAGAGACUCUUCGCUCUCCGAUCAGUCGUUCCCAACAUAACCAAGUUGGACAAGGCAUCUAUCGUCAAAGAUUCAAUCGACUAUAUGCAAAAACUUAUUGAUCAAGAGAGAAGACUAGAAGCAGAGAUCCGAGAGCUGGAAUCACGAUCAGUAUUGCUAGAAAAUCCUAUAAAAGAUUAUGAUUGCAUCAAUAAUUUCCUUGAAAAUCAGCAGCAAGAUCUCUUAGACAAUAAUGUCACGAGAUCAAAGAAGUCCAGGCAGAUGGAUUACAAUACUUCUGGAUCAUCAGUUGCUGGACUACAUAAUCAAUCCCUCAUUGAAGUUCUCGAAAUGAAGGUGACGUGGAUGGGAGAGAGGACAGUGGUGGUAUGCAUAACAUGUAGCAAGAGGAGAGAAACAAUGUUGCAGCUUUGUAAAGUAUUGGAGUCUUUGAAUCUCAACAUUGUCACUACUAACUUCUCUUCCUUCUCCUCUCGUCUCUCCACCACUCUCUUCCUCCAGGUAACUUUCUCUAUCGAUCUUUUUUAUUUUUACAUUUUCAAAUGUGUGGUAAAUUUGCUACAUUUUGUGUUAAUUAGCACAAAUGUAGUGAAACAUAUAUCACUGUUUGAGGUUAAAGUUUGAACUCUAUAUAACGGAAUUACAUUUUUUUUAAAUGUCUUGUUUUGGUUCAUACUUUUAUUUUUCAGUGAUCGAAUUAAGUUAUACUAUCUCCGUUUCAAAAAUAUAAUUUUUUUAGUAUUUUUCACACAUAUUAAGAAAACACAUUAAACUACCAUAAUAAAUAUUUUAUUUUCUGUAAUUUUCAAUAACUUUUAAUAAAUAUUAAUUCAAUAAAGUCAAUUAAUUUUUUUGAAGUUUACAACUUUUUUCAUAGAAAACACAAAAAUACAUCUUUGUGAAACAAUUUUUUUAAUAUAAAAUUUAUCUUAAUGGAACGGAGGGAGUAUGUUUUUUCGAACAAUCAGUUAAGAACAUUCUAUCAAAAAUUGUUUAGAUUGAUAUUCUGAUGUUAAUUAGCUUUAAAACUAGCUGAUGGCACUUGCCGGCUUUAAAUACACCGACCAAACAUAUUUGUCCAUUUAUUCGGUCACAACUAUUAAGAUUUUUAGAUAUUAGUAAAUUAUAUAUAUAUAUAUAUAUAUAUAUAUAUAAUUUAUACCAAAUUUAGACCUUAAUAUAUAUUUUUCAUUUUGGUAAUUUGGGAGAAAAAAAUUGUCGCCUGACGGCACGUAGACAACCUUUCAAUCAAUCAAUUAUGCGAAUAAAAACAUAAGACUAAAUAGUCAAAACAUGCUUUAGUAAAAGUGGAUUCAUUAUUGGUUACAGAAAUUGCUUGUUCUUACAAAAAUGAUUAAAACAAUCCAAACUAGCUAUUUUUUGGGAAAUCACUAUCAAAUUCAAAAGAUAAAACUUUAGACGGGCCCAUUUAAUUACCACUUUGUUCACACAUGCCUCCAUUAAGUGGCCCUUAAUUCACACUAUUACACUUUAAGUAUAAGUAUUUAACAAUCUUGGUUAUAUAUUUCAUAUCAUCUAUCUAUAUAUAUAAAAAUAUGUUCGCCUCCCUCCUGUGAUGUCACGUCAUCAAGUCGUGCGUUAUGUGAGUGACACGUGUCCCAUUUUAUAUUUGGGGUCAAAAUAAAACAAAAAACUGUCAGGAGUAAUUGAACCCAACACAUCCAGCACUGAUAAUUUCUCUUAGAACCACUAGGCUAAAAUCACUUUUUAUAAAUAUGAAGCCGCGAAAAUACUUAUUAUCGUGUUGGCUGGAAGCCCAUGCUUCUUCUGCUUGUGGCCAGGGCCGGCACUGGACUAAUGUCAAGAUGAAGAUCGUGAAAUUAAAAACUUUGCUCCAAACAGUUUUGCAAUGUUUCCAACCUUUAUAACUUGAUGCAUAUAAUAUAUAUCAAAAUACAUUUGUUGUACACGAUUUUAUUAGUUUUACUUUUAAAAAAAGGUAUUUGCAGUUAUAAAUGUUUUGUGCCAAUGAAGUAAUGGUUGAAAAACCUCUAUACAUAUCCCUUUCUUAUUAUUUGAGGAGCAUUAAAAAUAAAUAACCUUUAGUUCAUGUGUUUAUUACAAGUGUGCCAUUUCUUAUGUGGCAACUCCACAAGCUCUCUCACAUAUUCUAUUUAAAACCCCUUUGUUAACUAGAGUAAUUACACAACAUGCCAUUGAUCAAAACAUUAUAAUUACCUUAGUUUUGUCUACAUUUGUCACAUAUAUACGUUGAUACGUAUUACAUCAAAUCUUAUCAUUUAUUUCUUGCGUUAGUUACCUUAACCGAAGUUCUACGUAUUAUAUCAAAAAUUUUAAAGUUAUGUUAAUUACCUUGACUGAAGUUUUUUCAUUAAUUUGUUUCAAUACAAAAACAUUACUGACAUACGUAGUGGUCUAAUUUUUUAAUUCAAAAAUGAAUAUAAAUGCGAAAAAUUAAUGUUCGAUUAUCAACCAAAGUUUGUUUUUCUGUAAAAUCCUAAAAAUUAUUUGAUGAUCAAUACGUGCUCAAGUGAUUGAUUUUCUUAAAAAUGCGAAAAAAUAUUUGUUCUCUUAAAAAUAUAUCAAGAAAAAAAACUUUUUUUCUUAAAAUAGUGAAACAGAAGAACCAUGCAUACGACAUAUACUUGCCCCAAUUCAUUAAAUUGCUAGAUGAUCUCCGCUUUGCGAUUGUAGAAACUAAGGUACAAUACGAUUUUCUGGCAUACACAUAUAAAAACUUACCUUAGGUGAUCUAUCGUAAUUAAGAUUUUAACGCCAACUUGCAUAAUGCAAAUAAUGGCGGAGCAAAUUGCCCAUGAUUCAAAUGUUAUUUGCAAGGAAGAAAUUGAUUGAUGAUUGGGAAAAAUGAAACUUCUAAUAACUUUGACAUAUUUUUAAAUUACAAAUUUGGUAAACUGAUGGUAAUAAUACGUGAUUUGCAAGGACUUGAUUUUUGUAUAUAAGGAACGUAUAUUAAGGUUCAAAUGAUUGUAAUCAAUUAAUAAUCGUGAACUUUUUUGAAUUUGUUCAAUUGCGAUUGAUAAAAGGAAAUUUGCAUUAACUAUUUACAAUAUUAAAGUAAUUCUCAACUAAGAUUGGAACGCAAGUUAUGUGUAAUAUUCAAUUUAGUUACGACCAUUAUUUUGAAUCUAUAUGACCACACGGCGAUUUUUUUUUAGUAUAAAUAUACGGCUUCUAUAAUUCAGAAAACUCACCACACAUUUUUUCUCGACUUUGCUCAUAUCAAAACAUUCUCUCAAGCAAUCAAAUGGUUGGCUUUAACUUUGUUUCCGAUUUGAAACCAUUCAAGACAUUGUUUCUUUUAUAUUUUAUUAGUCUAUUAUUUAUGUUUUGUUUUAUUUUAUAUUUAUAAUUUAUUUUAUGCAAAUAAAUAUACAAUUUUUAAACAAAAUUUUCGCAGGUUAAUUUAGAUUGACAUAUUAAAUUUCGUCUAACCCUUACUUUAUAACAUAUAGUAUUUUUUGCUAUGACUUUAAUUUUUAUUAUGUCUACAUAUUAAAAGUGAUAAUAUUUUGAAAUCUAUUUAUUCCGCGCAUGGCGCGGGUUAUCACCUAGUAUCAUUUUAAAAUAACACCCAACUUCUAUAUAUAGUCAAUACAUAUAUCCAUGUUAUAUUCUAGACUAAAUAUUUUCUCU